UUUUGCUACUGGUGUAUUGAUGUGAUGCUGGUGUUCUUCAGGUGUUACUGUUAGGCUGAAAGUGUUACUCAUACUUUGACAUGAUCUCUGGCACCUCUUUACACUCUGAUGGUACUUCUUUACGGUAAAGAGGUGUUCUUUAUACACUGGUGUACUCUGGGGGCCUUCUUUAUACUCUGGUGUACUUCUUUAUGGUCUACAGUGCAUUUUAUACUCUGGCGUACACUGCUACACCUUUUUGAGGUCUCUGGAACUACUUCACAGUCUGUGGUACUUCUUUGCGGUAAAGAAGUGCUCUUUAUGCUCUUUGGUACUUUCUUGAGGUCAUUGGCACUUCUUAUUACUCUAGUAAACCUCUUUAAGGCAUUUGCUUACUUUGCGGUCUGUGGUACUUCUGUAUACUGUUUGGUACAUCUUUGGUGUCUCUGUUACUUCUUUACAGUAAAGAAGUGAUCUUUCGGAUUUUUACGAUUACUCUGGUGUUACUCUGACUCUAUAUACUGUUACUAUGACUGUAUACCGUUACUAUGACGGCGUACCGU